UAAUCCGAGGAAGAGGGGGGAUUAUCAUCAAUUAGGGCCUUAAUAACCCUAACAUUUUCAUUCACUCUCUCCACAAUCCCACCCCACCACCAUGGCUUUCAGGCGCCUCCUCUCUCGCUCUCGGACCAUCCAAUCCCCCCGCUUCUCUUCCUCCGCUGCCGCCGCCGUCACCGCCCACUCCUCCGCCCCUUCUCCAUCCCCUCCACCACCCAAUGCCAUGAUCUACGACCGCCUCGCUGAAUCCGUCAAAUCAAAGCUCAAACGCCUCGAAAACCCUGACCCUCGUUUCCUCCAACACAACUCCCCUCACCCCACCAUUGCCGACCACACCUCUAUCCUCACUUCCCCGGCAACCAAGAUCACUACUCUCCCUAAUGGUCUCCGCGUCGCUACCGAAUCACAGCUCGCUGCGCGCACUGCCACCGUCGGGGUCUGGAUCGAUGCCGGGUCUCGCUUCGAAAGCGCUGAGACUAAUGGGACUGCUCAUUUCUUGGAGCACAUGAUCUUCAAGGGUACCCAAAGGAGAUCUGCUCGGCAGCUUGAGGAGGAGAUUGAGAAUAUGGGUGGUCACUUGAAUGCUUAUACUUCCAGAGAACAGACUACUUACUUUGCUAAAGUUAUGGAUACUGAUGUUCAUAAGGCGAUAGAUAUUUUGGCUGAUAUUUUACAGAAUUCUAAGUUUGAGGAGGAACGAAUUACUCGUGAGCGUGAUGUUAUCUUGCGUGAAAUGGAGGAGGUUGAAGGCCAGACCGAGGAAGUGAUCUUUGAUCAUUUGCAUGCAACAGCUUUCCAAUACACACCUUUGGGUAGAACCAUUCUUGGACCUGCUGAGAAUGUUAGGACAAUCACAAAAUCUCAUCUACAAAAUUAUAUAGCAACCCACUAUACAGCUCCAAGGAUGGUCAUUGCUGCCUCUGGUGCUGUUAAACAUGAGGAUAUUGUUCAGCUAGUAGAAAAACAUUUUACAAAGCUGUCAACUGAUCCAACCACCGCUUCUCAAUUAGUUGCCCAAGAGCCAGCGUCAUUCACUGGUUCAGAGGUCAGAAUGAUUGAUGAUGAUAUUGAAUUGGCUCAAUUUGCUAUUGCCUUCAAUGGAGCAUCAUACACAGAUCCGGAUUCCGUUGCUUUGAUGGUUAUGCAGACAAUGUUGGGUUCCUGGAACAAAAAUUCUGGUGGUGGAAAGCACAUGGGAUCUGAGCUGGUCCAAAGGGUUGCCAAUAAUGAACUUGCUGAAAGCUUGAUGGCAUUCAACACCAACUACAAAGAUACUGGUUUAUUUGGUGUUUAUGCUAUUGCUAAGCCUGAUUGUUUGGAUGAUUUGGCAUGGGCAAUUAUGCAUGAUAUUAGUAAGUUCUCUUAUCGUGUUUCCGAUGCUGAUGUAACUCGUGCUUGUAACCAGUUGAAGUCAUCUCUGUUGCUGCACAUCGAUGGAACAAGUCCAGUGGCGGAAGAUAUCGGUCGCCAGUUGCUCACUUAUGGACGGAGGAUACCAUAUGCCGAAUUGUUUGCUAGGAUUGAUGCUCUAGACGCAAACACUGUGAGACGUGUUGCUAAUCGCUUUAUUUAUGACAGGGAUAUUGCUAUUGCUGCCAUGGGUCCUAUCAAGAAGUUGCCCGAUUACAACUGGUUCAGACGCAGGACCUACUGGAACCGUUAUUAGGUUGCUUUACCAUGUUUUUAGUUAGCCCUCAAAUCAUGUGGGUUUUCAUAUAAAAGUUUGUUGCCUUGCAACAAAAAGCCUUCAAAGGCUCCUGGUAUUGCCAUUGCCAUUCACCAGUUCUUUUCGGUCCAUUGCGAUUGUGUAAAAUUGUUUUCUGAGGCGAUAAUUCAUAUACCAUUUUCAGUCUAUCCUUUUCGACCUUUAUUUAUUUUUGGUCUGCCCUCAUCGGCAUGAGACUAGUAAGUGAGAUGCAAUAAUUUUAGCUGAGAAUACCUUAUACGCUUAUCUUAAGCUGUAUGAUAUUGCCUUUUGAAACAAAACAGAUGCGUAACAUAGAACAUGUAUUUACACCUGAGCAAUUGUUUUUAAUGCGAGAAUCUUUGAAGAAUUCCGAGAA